AUGCAAAUUGGGAUGUUUGAUCAUGUUGACGACAAUGAGCUUCACUGCCUGGUUGAUGAUACACCGGCCAAUAGCUUCGUAACCAACCGUUACAUUAGCUUUUCAAUAGCUGUCGCGGCGGAAUCAGCCCACUUCCUAACCUGGUUGUCGCUUCUGAUGUCCUGCAAAGCUAUGUUUGAUCAAGUUGAUGCCACAAUUCUGAAAUGGCUCAGCAACAGUUUAAUACUUCCAUGCAUUCUCUUCUGA